CAAGUGAGGCAAUCAAUAGUAGAAACCCAUCCACCCCCUCACCAAACCAUAUCAUCAUCAUUUCCUUCCUAUCCCCUUCACUUUUGUUUCCACAGUACAACAAUCCACCAUUUUUUCUUCCUUUUCUUCUCUUAUAAACUCACUUUGUAUCUCAUGCUCCCUCACUCAUAAACUCAUUCAUGGCAAUGGGCACGGUUCACAAGUGGCUCACUCAUUUCACCGACACCAAAAAAUGCAACAACAUUCUCGUACCUCCUGCUUCCAAGGAACAGCAAUCCAUAUACUUCCUCCAAUACCAUAGACCCGUGUAUCAAAGAUGCCACCUUUCAAUGAAUGGUUGCAGAGAGGGACAGCACCAAUAUUCAAGAACAAGGAACCCUGUUGGAACCAUAGAAACCAAAACCUUGGCACCAGUUGCAUCACCUGCAAUGGCUAUGUACAGCCUCAACAUGGCCAUUUCGGAGCUGGAAUCGGAGGCUCCGUUCGGUACCUCUUCCGGCAUUGUAAGGGUGCAGGUGCCAAUUGAAGAGCAAGUUGAAGCCAUUGAUUGGCUUCUCUCACAGAACCACCUUCUCCUUCCUCGCUGCUUCUUCUUUGGAAGGAAACAGUACAGUCCCUGCUGCAAUGGUGAAGAAAAGUUGGUCAGUGUUGCUGGGGUGGGUUCAGCUGUUUUCUUUUCCCAGCCACAUCCAUUUUCAUACUGGGAUUGGAUAUCUAUAAGGAGGUUUCUUUCUGAGAGAUGCCCCUUAAUCCGUGCCUAUGGAGCUAUCCGUUUCAAUGCAAAAGCUAAGGUGUCAUCAGAGUGGCUGGCUUUUGGUUCUUUCUACUUCAUGAUUCCUCAGGUUGAGUUCAAUGAGCUUGAAGGAGGAUCAAUGCUUACCAUAACUAUUGCUUGGGAUAAUAAUCUUUCUUGGUCAUGGGAAAAUGCAAUCAAUGCCCUCCAAGAAACACUACGCAACGUUUCUUCUUCCAUUGUGAAGUUUCCAAAACAAACUCCUCCAACAUUAAUAUCAAGCAGCCAUAACAUUCCUAGUAAAGUAGACUGGGAUCUUGCUGUUAAUGGAGCUUUGCAGAUGAUAAAGCGAAAUGAUUCCUUACUAACUAAGGUUGUGCUAGCUCGUAGCACUAGAGUAGUGCCUACUGCUGAUAUUGAUCCUCUUGCAUGGUUAUCGUGCUUAAAGGUUGAAGGUGAAAAUGCUUACCAGUUUUUACUUCAGCCACCAAAUGCACCAGCAUUUAUUGGAAACACACCAGAGCAACUAUUUCACAGAAAAUGUCUCCACAUUACUAGUGAGGCUUUGGCUGGAACCCGUGCUAGAGGAGCAUCACAAGCACUAGAUUGCCAAAUUGAACUUGACUUACUUACCAGUCCAAAGGAUGACAUUGAGUUUACUAUAGUGAGAGACACCAUAAGAAGAAAAUUAGAGGCAGUAUGUGAAAAAGUUGUAAUCAAGCCAGAGAAAAUGAUAAGAAAACUCCCCAGGAUUCAACAUUUAUAUUCUCAAUUAUCUGGCAGGUUAAGAAGUGAAGAAGAUGAGUUUGAAAUUUUGUCAUCUCUUCACCCGAGUCCAGCAGUUUGUGGGUUUCCAACAGAAGAGGCACAACUUUUAAUUGCAGAAACAGAAGUAUUUGAUCGAGGAAUGUAUGCUGGACCUGUUGGUUGGUUUGGUGGAGGAGAGAGUGAGUUUGCUGUUGGCAUCAGGUCAGCAUUGGUGGAAAAGGAUCUUGGUGCUUUUAUAUAUGCUGGGACAGGGAUAGUGGAAGGCAGCAGUCCUUACCUGGAGUGGGAUGAGCUAGAGCUCAAGACAUCUCAGUUCACCAAGUUGCUCAAGCUUGACUUGCCUCGGAGACAAAAAGUAGAUUGCAAAUGAGCUCCAUCAACUGAUACGGCAAGAUUAUAUUUGGCGCCUACUGGUCGAAGGAAAACUUUCUCUUUGACCACUACAUCAUCAAUGGCAAUGAACGACAACGAAAUCAAUGCCGUCAACCAAGGAAAGUGAUCACAUGAGCAGGAAUCAACCAUGAUGGGGAUGCCUACCAUGGGUGCCCUUGAAAAGGGAAACCCAACAAACAUAGCGAGUCCUUUGCGUUAGGAGCUUGAUGAUCAUUGUUGAUCACCAUCCUACAAAGAGAGAUGGAUACCUUGAAGCAAAUAAAUGCCUCAGAGAUGGAUAAUCUUUGAAAAGAGAAUGCCAUUCUUAGAGAAUAGUACUUGAAGCUUCGAGAGGCCCAAAAAGCAAAUUUGGUUGUGGCAACUACAACUUAUCGGACCCAUUCGAUUAGGACUGAUGAGGCUGAUACUAUGUGGCGCGAAGGAACUCCCUCCAUCAUACAAUUGAUUUAGAGAGCAGUAAAUGCUAACACUUGACUACAUCCCUUUGUUGAUUGGAUUAUGGAGGCACAACUCUCGCUUGGAUGGAAGACGCUGACAUCAAUCGUCACGAUGGGCUCUCAGACAUAGAUGAACACGUGAACACAUUAGUUACACAAAUGAGUUUGUUUAUGAAUGACAACACAAUCAUGUGUUAAGUAUUCUCAAUAACGCUAAAUGGGGUUGUGUUUCACUUGUAUACUUGCUUUCCAAGAAACUCCAUUGACUUAUUUGCAACUCUUAGGAUGCGUUUUGGAGUGCUGUACAAACGAGUAAACCACGUCACCUAACAGUAGUGCCACUCGCUAACAUUCAGCAAGACAAGGACAAAUCUUUAAGAGAAUUUAUGGAGAUGUUCUCAUUAAUUUAAGUUCAAAAUUGAGACCUAAGUCUAGAAGUAGCACUUACCUCGAUGAUCAUGGUGUUGAAGUUUGGCUCCUUCUCGGACAACCCGUGCAAGAAAUUGCUAGUAGCAUUGGACGAGUUGAGAGCAAGGGUUGCUAGUUUCAUCUAGAUGGAAAUGACUAGAUUCAGAGAAAAAAUGCAUGGAGAAUCAUCAAAGAAACCAGUAGGGUGAGAGGCUAAGAUCAAUGGUAGUCACAACUGAGGGAAGGUUAGAGUUGACAAAUCACCACAGUCUAAGUUCAGCCACUACACUCCAUUGACAAAGAGUCAAAGCCAACUACAAAAGGAAGCAUGUAGUGUAGAGCUGAUCUAGUUGCCAGCUUAGAAUCAACCUCCACUAGGAGUAGACAAGUCUAAGUAUUGUCAUUAUCAUCGGGUUGCUAGUCAUAAUACCGAAGAAUGCACUACCCUCAAGGACAAGAUAGAAAAAUUGAGGGCAGUUGUAGAGAUUUGUUUAGGACAAGGAACUUUCACGAGAGCAAGAAAGGAAGCAUGAUAGGAGUCAAGAGUGCAACCAAACUCGAGAGACAACGAAACCACAACUCCAGGAUGGGACUUCCUCACCCGAAACUCGGAUUUGAGGUGUGAUAAACACGAUAGUAGGAUUCGUAGGUGUCGAAAGCUCGAACUUGGUGCAUAAGCAUUAUGUCCACAACUUUAAGUUUGUCAACUUUGUAGCAGCUGAAAAGAAGGCAGUAAAAAGCCUACCCUCAUCACUUUUACAAAUGAGGAUUUUUAGGGGAUAGAGCAGAUGCACAAUGAUUCCAUGGUAGUCAAAAUGGAGAUUGCUAGUUUCUUAGUGUGGAAGGUCCAAAUUGACCUGGGAAGCUCGGCGGAUACCCUCUACUGGUCUGCUUUCAAACAACAAGAUAUCCCAGAAAGCCAGAUUGAGUUGUUCUCAGAACAACUCAUAAGCUUCUCGAGUGAGACAAUUGAAACAAUGGGACACGUCAACUUGCUAGACACUUUUGGAGACGAUAAAGAUUCCAAGACCAUCAUGAUCAGGUAUCUCCUAGCCAAUGCUUUCACUUAUUAUAAUAUAUUAAUUGGUCGACCUACACUCAAUGAAUUGGGGGUCAUUAUUUCAACUCCCCAUCUGGCGAUGAAAUACCCGAGUACGAGUGGCAAGAUUAUCAUCGCUAGAGCCGACCAAGCAAUGACAUAGGAAUGUUAUGCUUCAAGCCUCAAGAUUACCAAGGGAAAGAAGGUAGCAGAACUCAAAGUACAACUGAUAUCAUGCACCUCUCCAACAAUCUAGGAGAAGCAGAGCUCGACCCUAGAAAAGCCAAGAGCAGAGCCCACUGAAGAAGUGAAGCCUUUCCAACUCGACAAAGAACCAUCUCAAUGCACUAAGCUAGGAUUCCAGAUGAGUAUAGAAGUGGAAGAGUCAAGAGACCAAGUGCUAACAAAGAAUGCUGACCUCUUCACAUGGUCAACAUCAGGUAUGCUUGGAAUCAACCCCAAGUUUCACUGUUAUUGGCUAGCCAUCUGCCUUGAGGCAAUACUAGUGGUGUAGAGAAAGAGAAAACUCAACCUUGAAAGUGGAAAAACUGGUUAUGAAGAGGCAAAUAAAAUUUUGGAUGUAGGAUUCAUUAGAGAAGUAUAAUACACAACAUGGUUAGCUAACAUGGUGAUGGUAAAGAAAUCUAAUGGGAAAUGGAGGAUGCGCACCGACUACACAGUCUUAAACAAAUUCUGCCCUAAAGACUUGUAUCUGCUUUCGAGUAUAGAUCCUCUAGUAAAUGGAGCUUCCAAAUUUCUCAUCCUUUGCUUUUUAGAUGCAUACUUCGGGUAUAACCAAAUAUGUCUUUGAGCAAGAUGAGGGGAGGACUCUAUUCAUGAUCAACACUACAAAUUAUUGCUACUUGGUUAUGCCAUUAAGUUAUAAGAAUGAUGGGGCCAUGUAAUAAUGACUGAUGGAUAAGAUAUUCAUUCCAACUCAGGAGAAAUCUAGUAGUCUAUGUUGAUGACAUUGUGGUCAAAAGUACAAACACCACUUCUUAUGUGAAAGACUUGGCAAAGAUCUUUGCAGAUGUAAGAAAGCACGACAUGAGGCUAAAUCCUGAGAAAUGCAUAUUCGGAGGAAAAAGGAAGAAAUUCCUUGGAUUCAUGCUUACCCAUAGAGGAAUUGAGGCCAGCCCAGAGAAGUGUGCGACUAUCAUUGAGAUGAGAGUCCAUACACUCUGAAAGAAGAACAAAGACUCAUCGAUUGAUUAGCAACGCUAUCUAGAUUUCUGCUGAAAGUAGCUAACAUGGUCAAACCUUUUUUUUAAAUUGUUGAAGAAGUAAGGGGGAACAAAGUGGAAUGAGGAAUGCAAAGCUAACUUUCAUAAGCUCAAAGAGUUCCUUGCUUCGCCACCUAUCCUUACCAAGCCUCAACUAGGGAAGGACCUGAUUCCAUACAUAAUAAUAUCAGAGCAUGCCAUAAGUUCAGUAAUCAUGGUAGAGGAAGGAAAGAAUCAAAAUCUUGUUUAUUAUUGUCGCAACAUGCCCUUUUGCGGG